CACGUAACAGCUAGCCGUUGUUUUAGAGAGAGACAGAAGAGAGAGAGGAUUCAAGGAGGCAGAGCAGAGAGAGAGGAUUCAAGAAGGCGGCGUACGAGAAAUGGCAAGAAGCUAUCGUUGCAGUCAUAAGAAGAAAAGUUAGAGAGAGAGAGAGACGGCAACAAGAGGCAGAGGAGCAACAAGCAGUUGCAGUAGAAAGCAGAGUACCACUUUGAGAGAGCGAAAAUACCCAAAAGAAAAACGUUUUACUGAUAAAAAAAGAGAGCAGUUUUAGGAGUUCUUAGAGAAAGGAAACAGCAGCCAUGGCAUCAGUCCCCAGUUCAAUUAAUCUCCGCUUCUCUCACCAGUUUCUCUACAAACCCAAGAGAAGAAACUCUGCUGUAAUUAGGAAUAAUAAGAGAGCAAGAAGCUUUAUAAACCCAUUAUGUAUCAUGGGUUCCCAGCCUGCAAGUGCUUUGUCUGCUUCUUCUCAUCCCCCACUUGUCAAAGGAGAAGAGGGAAAAGAAGAGGCGGUGAGAGAAAGAGAGGAAGCAUUGAAAUCAGAGGAGAUCAUGGGUGAAAAGUUUGUCUGGAGAGAGAAUUGGUAUCCUGUGUCAUUGAUUGAAGACCUCGACCCCAAAGUCCCCACCCCAUUUCAGCUAUUGGGCAGAGAGAUGGUUUUGUGGAAAAACAGACAGGGAAAUUGGGUUGCCUUUGAUGAUCGCUGCCCUCACCGCCUCGCUCCCCUUUCGGAAGGCAGGGUGGACGAGGAUGGCUGGCUUCAAUGUUCAUAUCAUGGCUGGUCUUUUAGAUCGGAUGGGUCUUGUGCUCGUAUCCCUCAAGCUUCCCUAGAGGGCCCUGAGGCUCGUGCACUCCAAUCUCCCAAAGCUUGUGUAGCCCGCUUUCCAACUCUUGUAUCUCAGGGUCUUCUAUUUGUGUGGCCCGAUGAGAAUGGAUGGGAGAAAUCAUCCAAGACCGAACCUCCAAGGUUACCAGAUGAUUUUGAUGAUCCUGGGUUUUCAUCUGUGACAAUACAACGGGAUCUAUUCUAUGGUUAUGACACAUUGAUGGAAAAUGUGGCAGACCCCUCCCAUAUAGAUUUUGCGCACCACAAGGUCACAGGAAGAAGAGAUCGAGCUAAGUCACUACCUUUCAAGGUGGAAUCUAGUGGCGUUUGGGGCUUUGCAGGAUCAAAUGUUGGGAGCCCUCAAAUUAGUGCCACAUUCAUUGCACCUUGCUACUACAUGAAUAAGAUAGAGAUAGACACGUCUCUCCCUCUUCUCGGCCCCCAAAAAUGGAAGAUAUGGAUAUGCUCCUUUAACAUACCCAUGGCUCCUGGGAAGACUCGUUCAAUUGUGUGCAGUGCUCGCAAUUUCUUCCGCUUCACAAUGCCUGGCCCUGCUUGGUGGCAGCUGGUUCCUAGAUGGCAUGAGCAUUGGACCUCAAACAAAGUUUACGAUGGUGACAUGAUUGUCCUUCAAGGCCAGGAGAAGACAUUCCUCUCCAAAUCCUUGGAGUCUUCUGCUGAUGUUAACCAGCAAUACACAACGAUCACCUUCACACCCACAAGAGCAGAUCGCUUUGUUUUGGCAUUUCGUAAUUGGUUGAGGCGUCAUGGUAACAGCCAACCUGACUGGUUCAGUUCAGCUACCCCACAACCUCUCCCAUCCAUAACCCUAUCCAAGCGUAAGAUGUUGGAUAGAUAUGAACAGCAUACGCUGAAGUGCUCUUCAUGCAAGGGAGCCUACAAUGCCUUCCAAACCCUGCAGAAAGUGUUGUUGGGUGCAACUGUGAUACUAGGUGCAACUGCUGGUGUCCCAUCUGAAAUGGGCUUGAGGAUCGUCCUCGCCACGCUUUCUAUCUUGAGCGCUGCUGCUACAUACCUCUUAAACCAGCUCGAGAAGAAUUUUGUAUUCGUUGAUUAUGUGCAUUCUGAAAUAGAUUAAUGUUUUCAGUAAAGAAAUUGCCUCAGUGAUUGAGAUGGCAGUUGAUUUAUUCUACCGAGUAGUUGGAAUUUUUGGACGGAAAUUGUGUAAAGUCCAACAUGUAAUUAAGAAAUAGGAACUCGAACUAUGUACAGGUUUCUUUUGUAUGCUGUGAAGUCUCAUAGUCAUAAGAACGAACUGUCUUGGCUCAAGUCAAAAGAUAAAUUUGGGUUCACGUGAAACA